CUGUCACGCAGCAUAUUCCUUCUUCGUGAGCACUCAAGAUGCAUUUCUACUCUAUCUUUAUUACUGCUUUGACUGUGUCUACUGCCUUGGCUAAUCUCACCCCAAUUGAUACGGUUAGCAACUGUCUGGACUUUUGUAAAGAUGAACCUGUCAGCUGUCCUCCUGAGACGGACUCAACCCAGAUGGCCAGCGGCUGCUGGGCCUGCUGCAGCCCGAAGAUCUUUAGGGGGUAGCUAUUAGGGGUCAAAGUGCCUUUUCCCUAUAAGCUUUGAUGGACUACAACAGGUAUGGGGUACGUCUUUGGGAUUGAAAUGCUUGUAACUAUAAAUUCAAACAUGGAACUGGGCAGUACUGUGAUGUUCCUG